AUGGUUUUUCUGUUUCGUCCGAACAGAGAAAGUCGAAUAGCCUUCUUUCUAGCAAAACUACCAAUCAAACGUAUUGUUCAUCCGAAUAUUGAUAAAGAUCGAUUUCAUUUACAAAUAGCAAAAUCAAGACUUAUAUCCGAUUUAAAAUGGAUGAUAUCAACAACCGACAAAGAAGAGAUACUUAGUCCAACCGAUGUUCAAAUUAAAAUUCAUAGUGUUGGUUUGAAUUUUCGUAAUGUAUUGAAAGUUCGCGGACUUUUUCCGCAUAUAGAAGAGUUUGGUAUUGAAUAUCAUGAACAACAUGCAAAUACUCGAGACUAA